GUGAAUAACACCCUUUCGAUACCCUUGAAUACAUCGUGGACCAACGCUACCGUCACAUUUACCGAGAUCGAAAAGGAUGAGCCUCUGCCCGCCAAUAACCUAAGACUCUGGGCCGGAGCCGAGUCCGACACACUGUAUCGAUGGGGAGGCGACGGUCCGUAUGGAAACACAGACCUGGGCGACGAUAUUGCUCUCUGGGCAAUCCAAUUGGAUGACGACGGCCAGGGCUCAUGGGCUAAAAAGUCUGCGGCAAAUGACGACUUCUUCUCGGAUAUAUACAGUGGCGCGAGUGGAGCAGGGACAGUUUGUGAUGACAUGGGCGUCUAUGUUGGUGGUUAUGGAAGCGGCGCAUCAGAUGCGAGAUUCAGCGAGACGGUGUUUCCUGAUCGAAUGCCACUCCCUGGAGUCCUGACAUACAACAUGACCGACCGGACCUGGGCCAACGAAUCGACUGUGCCGUUGAAUCCUCCAUACGGCACAUGGAUCUCGGGCGAGGCACUUUGUGUACCCGGGUUUACAACGAACUCUCUCGUCUUUGUUAUCGGUGGCCAAACCACACCGCGAGCAUCGGCUGCGAGGGUCGACGCAGAUUUCACCGACUUCGCCAAUAUUACGUUCUAUGACCCCGUCCAAAACCAGUGGUAUUGGCAAGAGGCUAGUGGAGAUGUCCCGAGGGGCCGCGAGUUGUUCUGUGCCGUGGGUGUGGAGGGAAACGGCACAUAUGACAUAUAUGUCUAUGGGGGGUUAGACCGCGCAACGGGUACUCUUAGCGAUGUCUCCGUCCUGUCAAUCCCUGGCUUCCAAUGGUUUAGUCUCGACGUCACCUCGCCUUCUCGGUUGCGCCAUGCUUGUGCGCUCGUGGGGAAGAGCCAGAUGCUUGUAUCAGGCGGCUUGACCGGAGAGUGGGACUGGACUGUACCCGACCCAUGGGCUCAAGCGCUGGGAAUUUUCGACCUCAAUACCUGGGAAUGGAGUGACAAGUAUGACGCGGAUGCAGACGCGUAUGGUUCACCAGAUACCAUCACGAACUGGUACAGUGGAGGG